UGCAUCAUCGUAAUCAGCAAUAUCUGCCGCACACCGACCUUUCGCAUCUGUAGGUUACCUUACCUGUCAGGUGAAGUAAACUACGCCCCCUCAUUACGUUUACAUACUGUUUUUGAAGUUGAUGAUUUAACUGAAUCGAUGGCAGCAGGGAAUAGUAGGGAGCUAUGCAGUGUAUGUCUUGAACGUUUUGAGCAUGAUGUUCGACCUCCUGUUGCUCUUUCAUGUGGACAUUCAUUCUGCCGUCCCUGCCUUAUUAACCGGUGUUCCUCCCAUUCACCUUUGCAAUGUCCAAAGUGCAGUCGUAGCCAUGAGGGUGAACAUCCAAGAGGUCUCCCCAUAAAUUUCCUCUUGCUGAGUGUCAUUGAACAUGUCACAGAUAAUAGAGAAGAGCCAAAUGCAUGUGUUGAACAGAGGGAAGAAGAUCCAAAGAAAGGACUCUACUGUAAAGAGAGUGAUUCCUCAGAUUCCGAUAGUGAUGAAGAAAACUGUAAAGACGUUAAAACAAAUAUAUUAGACAGUAAUAAAAAUAAGUCAGCUGAGCCUGUAUUGAGGAGUCCAAUUGAAGAUGAUAGAGACCAACUCAUUUUGAAUAUUUCUGCUAAAACAUCAAAACCCAAAGCCGUAUACAAAAGAAAACCUUUUGUAAUUUUAGCUGUGAUAAUAGUAGCCAUUCUUAUUGGGUUAGCAUCAUGUUACCUGAUUGCUCCAGCUAUGUUGAGAAGUUGGGGAUUUACAGAAACAGGUGCACAAUCUAAUACUUAUGCAUCACAACUGAUGAGCGAAGCACACAAGACACAUGGAAAGAUUCCCAAGGAGAGUUGGAUGACUGGAUGGGAACACCCAGAAAAUGGUACGAAACUGCAAUGCUAUCCUUCCACAGAAUUAUCGGUGGCGUGGUUCCAAAGGGCAGGUGUUAAAGGCUUUGACACUCCAACUAAAGUGCUGCUUUUUUUUGCAGGAUUCAUCAUCUUUUGUUUCAUAUCAUUUGCUGUAUAUUGUGUCUGGUAUCUUUAUAAUUAUGUCAAACAACAGUAUAAAAAAUACAAAGAAUUUGUUUUGCAAAAAUUACCAUCAAGUGAAGAAACAAACAGCAUAGUAUAAUUUUCACCUGAAUUAGUUACUACAGGUAUUAGGUAUGAUCUCCAUCCAGCUUUUAAUAUAGCAGUAUGUAGAAAAUUUUUCAAAUAUUUGUUAGUCCAUAACUUCAUUGCCAAGGUCGGCAUCAAUUGCCCCACAAUUCAUUUUGAAUACCUGGUAAGGGUAUGAGGUCCUGAAACACCUGGAGCAGAAAAUGUUAUGUUUGGUGGCAGAAAUACCUGAACUCUCUCCUAAGUAAUUUCUCACUUUAGGGAUGAAAAUUGAAGCCACCAGUGAAUAACACUGCCAUGGCCCAGUGUUGAUGUUGCAAUGCUGUAAUGAGAGAAGAUACUUGAUUUUUUAUUUUUCCAAAGUUUGAGGAUUCUUUGCUUAGCAUACAGUGCUAGGCUACCUUGCUAAUUAGUACCAGUGUUAACUUGUUCUUCAGGGUCAUAAAGCCUGGAAUUUGUUUAGCUUGUGGAUAUAUGUUGUAUUGGGAAUCUUUUGCCAAAAAAGGCCUGGUUUGUGUCAUUUGCAAUCUUGCGUAGUUAUUCUGAAAAUAUGGCAGAUGCAUUCGCUUCACCAAAUGCAGCCUCUCCAGUAAUUUGUAUAUUAAGAUUAUACCUGCUUCUUAACUUAUCAACCAUCCCUUCCUGCUUGUGAAUGGCUGGAAGUCCCUUUCCUUUCAUGCUUUUUAUCCAAAGUCCUCAUAUUUGCUCAAGGACUCUUGUUGUGUCAAAUUGCCAUCAAGACUAACUUUUCUGGCUCAUAUCUUCUACCCAGAUAUCAUCUAUCCUCAGUGGUAAAUCCUUGCAGUUCACAGUUAACUACUUUUGCAGACGGGCAUAACAGCAAAGGUAGCCUUUUUUUUUUUUUUAGCACUUUAAUAAAAUUGUGUGUUCAUCAUUGAUUGUGGCAACCUGUGCUAGAGAUUUCUUUGCCUAUUUUAAUUAUAUAUUGUUUGUUUGUAUACUGCUUUUACGUUGCAUGGAACCAGUGGUUAUUCAGCAACGGGACCAACGGCUUUACGUGACUUCCGAACCACGUCGAGAGUGAACUUCUAUCACCAGAAAUACACAUCUCUCACUCCUCAAUGGAAUGACCGAGAAUCGAACCCGCGACCACCGAGGUGGGACGCAAACACCAUACCAACCACGCCACUGAGGCGCUUAUUUUAAUGAUAUAGUACCAGCAGGCCUGUAGGUGGAUAGUGCAGUUAGUGCACCUCAUGUGUUGCACUAUAGGCAUUAUUUAAGGUUCUUUGCUGGGUGUCUUUGGCCCCUAGCUGCAACACAUUUCAUUCCUUUUACUGCACCUUUUAUAUUCUGUCUUCCAUCUUACUUUCCACCCUCUUCUAACAAUUUUUUCUUGGUCCUAAAUUGUAUAUUCAGUGUGAUUCACGACUAGCAGAUUAUUUUCUUGACAAAUUUAUUCUGUCUGAGAGGAAGGACUUCAUGCUUUCACUGUGUAUUAGAAUUGCUACUAUCAUCAUUGGAUUCACAUUUUGCAGCUGUUAUUUUAGUGAGCAAGCGCUUUCUAGUGUACUGGCAAACUGAAUGCUAGAGGCAGACUGGUGUGGGAACAAAAGGGGCUUCGGCUGCUGUUUUGUCUUGGGCAUGACAUGUCCCAACAAUUUUCAUCAUGUUACAGCCUGUGCUUGCUUGUUGGGUAGAUGACAGACAACCUGUGAAGCACUCUUGUCUUCCUCAAUUUUCUAUCAGUUUUGUAUUGGGAGGGCUUUUAUAAGCAAGGAUAAGAACUAGUUUAUGCAUAGAGCUGGAGAUAAUGUACUUUAUGAGGUACGUCAAGUUUCUUUUUUUCCUGUGAAUUACAUACCAUUGCCUCAUAUAAAAAGUAUUAUCAGUGGAAGCUGGAGUGGUCAUUAACUGUUUAUCAGGGUGAGUGGGGAUUCACCAUUCACUUUUUCUUCAGCUGCCAGAGAGUGGACAUCAUGCUAGGCCUGCUCUCAUCCUACUGUUGUUGAGUGCUUAAUGAUGAGCUGAAUUAAUUCCUUUCACUAUUUUGUUGGUUUUUUGCUGAAAUUCAUUUUUUCCUCAUUAUUUUUUCCUUGAAGAAAAAACAUGCUAUUGCAAGAGUUAUGGUUAUCUGCUUGGGCACUUCCUGUCUUCCAUAAUAGUUGACCCUCACAGGUACUGCUCCUUUUGUAGGGUUAAAUUGCAUAUUUGUACUUUCCUGUGCAACUAGGUGAUGGUUGGACUUCUCAGUGGGAGUAGUAUGGUAGGAGGAGGAAGAAUGGUGAUAGGAAUGCAGGUGUUGUCUCCCUUCCACCUUUUGUUGUUGACUUUGAAGUUGUUACUGAGUAAGGGAGGUGCCAGGAAGAGAGAGUUAAAGUUCAAACAUUGUUUGGAUAGUUACUCUCUUUGAUCUCAUGGGGCUUCCCUUAGGAAAAAUUCCAUUCAUUCUUUAUGGGAGCAAGCAAAGGAGCAGAGGUCAGGUAUGUCUUCCUUUUGGUGGAAACCCUUUAGGCUGAGCUUGAACAGUACUUUUGAAGCAAGACUGUUGGUCAGGUUGUCAUGGUCACAGCUAGCCCUUGGUGUUUUGGAUGACCCUUAUCUGUGGAGCAGAUGGUUUCCUUAAGUCCAGCAGAUUGAGCAAGCUCCUUCUUCUGCCAAUCACAUGCAAGAGGAUGCAGAGACUGCUACUUUUGUACUGAGCUCUUCAGUCUGUAGACUGACAAAUGACUCCCUCUGUGGAGACUGUUCCUUCUUGGUUACAGAAAUGGGCGCCAUAAAGUCUGUUGCUGUGGUUUCUUUCUAGGCUACCUUGUGGCUCAACCUGUGGUUGAACAUUUUGGCAGACUUUCCAUUUAAUAGGUUUCUCGUCUCAUGACAAGAUGGCAGUGUUCAGGAGGUUGUUGGUAUUAGGGAGAAAGGUCCUGACUUUUCUCUUGCACCACACUACCAACUUGUUAGCUAACCUGGUUUUGAAAAGGAUAGACAUGGCUACUCUUUUCUCCCAUUGAUUUCUCAGGAGGAUACCUCUUUUCUUCCAUUGAUUUCUUAGGAAAGUAGCCUUUCACAGAGUAUCAUGUCAAGUGUUUGACUCUAAUCUGCUGUUUCUGCAGAGUUGUGUGGAGCUAGUAGUUUAGAUGAGAAAGAAGGAUUCUUGGGACUCUGAAUCUUAACAUUCUAGUCACAACUUUUCAGACCUUUUCUGUCUAUGUUUCUGUUACAGAAAGAAGUACAGAAUAUUCAUAUUUACCAGUUUAGUUUUAACUGUCUUUUCUUUUAUCAUCCAAGCUGAUGAUCUUUAUUUUGUUGUCCUUUCAUUUCUGCUUAAGUUUGGUGUCCCCCAAAGUUAUAAAAAAAAUUUCUACCUCAUCAAAGACCUGUCCUAAUACCACAACAUAGUUAUCCACUUUUCUGUCAUUCAGGCAUUAAAAAGUCUUACUCCAUAUAAAUUUUACAUCCAGUACAUUGCAGCGAGUUCCUCACAUUUUCCUUGAGCAGUCGCAUCAAACCUCUUGCUAUUACCUAGGCAGCCCCUGUAAGCUGUUUUUCUUACAAUGAUUUUCAGUCCAUGUUCCUCAGAUUCUCUCGUCAACGCUAGGUUAUCUACAUAAAGCAGAGCAGCCCCCUAGGAGUUCAUUUUCUGCAGGCUUUCCAUGUUGCUUCCUCCAAGUGGCUCAGAACUUAUACUUAACACAUUUAUCUCAUCCUUUGAAUACUACACCUGCUGCUGUCUUCACAUAGGUAUUGUGGCAGAAUAAUAUCCCUGACUUGGGUCUCCGUGGUAUCCUUCACCAAUGGUACUGUUGUUAGAUCCUUCUGAAGAUUCACAAAAUGUUUAGUAACUAAUCUUCCUUCUUGAUUUGUACUUUUCCUCUAAUAGCUACAUUAUCAAGAUUGCUUUUGUUGUUGGCCUUUACAUAAAGGCAGAUGGUUAUUAGUUAUAAUUUUUAUGUUACUCCUCCAGCACAUUGGCCAAUGUUUUCACAUGUUCAAGUAAUCUUACUCCAUUAAUUUCGUCUUUGCAGUAAACCCGCUUUAUCUUUGUAACAAGAAAUACCAGAGAAAAUACCUAUCGGAAAAGACAAAAGAAAGAAAUGAUUGUUUCCUAACUAUACCUCCUAUCCCAAAUAAAAAAAGCUGAAUAAAUAAAGCAUUAAAAGAGAAAUGCAUGCAGGUAAGGAUUAAUCGACUCUGAGAACCUUGCCUGUCACAUGCAUUCACAGUCAACCUUGCCCAUCACAUGCAUUCACCACAUCUAGUAUUACCUUAUUACUUUCUUAUCAUUAUUGUAAGGCUUUUGCUACUUUUUGGGGCCCAUCUCUAUCUCUGUCAUGUUUUCAUAAAUUCUGGAAUGGUCAGGAGUGACCAAUUCUACUGCUGUUUACACUAGUUUGUUCGUUCUUCCCAAGAUUUCUGGAAUUUAUUUUUCAUACUGAACUAUACAUAUUUAAUUGUACUGUAUGUUAGUGAACCAUCAAACUUUGGGAAACCCUAAAGAUGAAAAUAAAACCACCCAUCACCUAACAAAACAGUUUAAAAGUAUGCCCAGGAAGGAAAACUAAAAGCUUUGAGGAAUUAAUAUUUUUGACCAAGUAUCACAUAAAAUUUAAGUAUGUAAAAAAAAUUGCUGAAUGAAGUUUGAGAAGUACUUACUUAUGAAUGUAACAGAUUAUAUACGUAUUUAAACUUUUUACAUUUUUAAUGGACUACAUGCUCUUGUCAGGUCUUGAUAAUUGUUUUUGCUGAAUAGCGGAGGUGAUGUUCAUUUUCAAAAGAAUUCAUUUUAUUUUUACUCUAAGUGAUGGACCAAUAUCAGCUUUUCUAUCAAAAUGCUUUUAAUUUGGAAAGAUUUUACAAGUAAUUAACUCAUAAAACAUUCAUUGGCAGGAUUCCAACUAUGGUAAUUGUCAACUUUUGUAUACUACUUAUCUAGACAUUUAACACUAAUAUAUUUGUAUUCCAAUUAAUGUGAUAAUAAAAGUUACAAGUAAAA